AUGAAGGUUAAAGAAUCGGAAAAAGCCUCUCUUCUGGACCCCUCUGUUCUGCUUCGUCCAGAGGCUGUAUACAACGGAAAGCCUAUAGAGGCAUUCCGUAGUUAUGAAUUUGACGAAAACGAUGCCAUACAGCAGCGUGUACGCAGAACCUACUAUAACAUGCACACAGAACAGACAUACGAAUUAGUUAAAGCUAAGAUGGCUGAGUGGCUGAAGUUCAAUCACUUCAAGGCGACUGUGAAGGAAGCUCUCAUCAAACUGAACGAUUUUGUUGACGAGUCAGACCCCGACAUAGACUUGCCAAAUAUCGUUCACGCCUUCCAAACUGCGGAGCAAAUACGACGCGAUCAUCCUGACAAUGAUUGGUUCCAGCUAGUUGGACUUAUUCAUGACAUGGGAAAAGUGAUGGUGUUUUAUGGUGAGCCACAAUGGUGGGUAACUGGAGACACCUUCCCGAUGGGCUGUAAAUGGGGCCCCAGUAUUGUGUAUGGUGAUGAUAGCUUCAAGAACAAUCCUGAUACAUACAACCCUAAGUACAACACUAAAUACGGAAUAUACAAACCGAAUUGCGGCAUCGAAGAGCUUACUUUGUCCUGGGGACACGACGAGUACCUCUACCGUGUACUGAAACACAACAAAACCCGCAUACCUCAAGAGGGACUUUGGAUGAUACGCUACCACUCUUUCUAUCCGUGGCACGCUGGCGGCGACUACAGCUAUUUCAUGAAGGAAGGUGAUGAAAAGAUCAAGGAAGCAGUUCUUAAAUUUAACCAGUACGAUUUGUACACCAAGAGUGCUGAGGUACCCGACAUAGAGGCUCUGUGGCCCUACUACGAGAAACUCAUUGAAAAAUACCUUCCAGGAGAACUGGAGUGGUAG